AUGGCAUCAUCGCAUUCCCGCCCUGCUGCUACUGCUGUGCUUGAACCGGCAUCUCCGACCUUAUUGAACUCGCUCAAGACGCAGGAGAAGGAGAGAAAAGAGGAGGCACAAACACCGCAAUUACUGAAACGGAGAAAAAUAUCCCAUGAUGGAUGUAGCGUUGUUUCAAAGACGGAGACGACGAGAGCGGCCUUCGUUAGUUCUGCGUUUACGAUACGGCACCAUCAUCACACCCCGCAAUCACUGCCACUGCCGCUACCACAAGACAACAUAAAGUUGAUCCCAAUUGCCCUCCUCCCCAGAUCUCAAUUGCCAUUAUCAUGGCUCGAUCCCUGUCCGGCGUCUGCGAAACGCAUACAAUCUGGUAGAUUGUUCGUCGCGAACAUUUCGGCCCUGGAAUUGGAUUUGCAUCAUCAGCAGCAGCAGCAGCGAAGAUGCGGGCCUGUCGUUUUAGCGGCGCGGCUUGCUGUAGAGGAUGGGGAGGUUCAGGGGAAGGGAGAGGAGGAAUUGUAUGUUGUGGAGAGAGUUAAGAAGGGGGUAUAUGCCAUAUGUGCGCUGGGGAGUUGGGUACUAGAGAGAGAUUUGAUGGUUGCGGCUGCGAAAGGAGCGGGCGAGGAGGUAGUCGGUGAUGUUAAUGUCUACGGUGGUGGUCGGGGCGAGAAAGAGGGUGAUUGGUUGGAGAAGGCGACGAUUUAUGAUCCAGCUGCUGGAUUCUUUGCAUAUUCCAGGCCGCGGAAGGCUAUUAUGGAAAAUGUGGCGCUUGCAUUUGGACCGAAGCUGUGCGGGAAAAGGGGGGCACACAGUCUUAGUCUUGAGACGAGUGGGUUGAGUUCUGUUUCUGGACUUUCCAUUGCACAUGACGAACAGGUUGACCGGAGGGAUACACCUGAGGAGGCAAUUGGCGUUGGGCCGUGUGAACCUACGGAAGCGAAAGUUACUCAAUCCCCCCAGGAGCUUUUUGAUAACCUCAGAUCGCAGUAUCUGGAGGCGUUAUAUGUUUCAAAGACUUCCGUGGCAUAUUUUGCGAAGGGACCCCUUUCUCGGGCCCGGGCUAGCUUUCAAUCUUCCAAUGAAAAUUUGUCAAUGAAGCCCACACACCUGUCGAAUUUCUACAGGGAGUGCAUACUGCCUGUGAAAAAGAUGGAUCUCAAGUAUAAAGACUCUCUUCCAGAAGCGAUACAAAAUUUCCUCAUGGAAAUGUCUGAUGAUGAAAUCCCGGCAAAUACAAUGAAACAAAGGAUGCGGAAAGCCAAAAAAGCAAAACUUGGAAAGAAUGGACUGUAUCCCGAAGAAAGCGAUUUCGUUAGGAGGUGGUGGAGAAACAGAGACCUGUCUGAAACAUCCGUUCCGCAGCACACUUCUAGGCAAGAGGAAAUAAGACGACUAACCAGUGAUUUACGUUUACGAGAAACUCAAUUGCAGAUUGUCUUGAUCCUCGAGACAAUUUCAUUGGAAGCUUCAUAUAGCAGCACAACAACCCAAGUGUUACCAGCGACGACGGAGGCUCAGACUAGCCAACCCCAGAGGCGAACAAAGGAGAGAAAACAACAGGACUUAAAUACAUUACUUGAAUUGCUCGUAGAUAGGCUAUGCAUUUGGCAUGCUGUGAGCUUCAACGACACUAUACUCACAACAUCAGCUGGCGGCAAGAGUGAGUCGACCUGUAAGACAGCAGGGAAUGAUAAGCUUCGUGACUUUUGUACCGAGGUCAUCAUUCCGUUUUAUGCUGGUCGUCUUCCUGAUCAGUGUAAAACCAUCAGCCGAAAACUGGGCGGACUGAUUGCUAUUUCUCCGACUCGACCUGCGAUUUCUCGCUCAAAAUCAGGCUCAUCUGCACAGCCGGGAGCCUCGGUGAAGCGAUCCCACAACCAAAAAUCGCAACAACGCACGCUGCAACGUGUUUUGACUGAUGAAAAAAUGGCUUCAAAGAGCAGGGCACCGUCGCUCUCUCGUUCCAACACUACCCCAAGUUUAGAUGGGUUAAAGCGUGAAAACAGCGAACCACCAUUGCUAUCUUCGAUCUCAGGUGCACGUGGAGGUAUCCAGAAGCCAAAACGUGUGGAUAAUCGCGAGAUUGACCUUGACGCCGUCGCUAAGCAGCACGAAGUUAAACUAAAGCGGAUGAAUUCGCUUCUAGAGCAGAAGAAAGAACUCGACGCAGCCAUCAACGCCUUGAGAAAACCCAACAGGGAACUCGUCGCGAAAGACUUCGCCGAUACUGUAGAGAAACGAGCGUCCAUGUGUAACACAAGGAAAUCAAAGCAUCCCGUCCGAAACCCAUUGGGCCAGGGGGUACAGGUUAUGGCUACCCCUAGAGGGUCGAGGAGAAAGGAUUUUGAUACUGUUACUGGCGGCAGCUCAACACGCAUGAGCCGGGCACUGACUUUAUCGAAUGAGAAACUCGUUCCUUCAGCCGCUUUAUCUGACGAUAUUCAACUCAUCCCAUCGUCUUCGACGCGACCGAGCCAUCCCCCGAAACGUCAAUCUUUCAGCUCCAAACAUGCCCGUCACAGCUCUAUUCACGAGACGCCCACAAGAUCAUCUACACGACUCUCAUCGGGCCCGUCGAACAGCGGGAUAUUGACUGAUAAUGACUUCGAUUCGACACCGCUCCCCAGGCAAACCGGCAAUUUAUUCAAAGUCUUCAAAGUCCCCAAGCUUCCGGAAACGAGUAGGGCAUUCAUGCAGCAACAAGAAAUGUCGCCGAGUACAUUGCGGAAAACGAGAUCACAUCCCAACUUUGCCCACUGCGGUAACACCAACGACGGAACCAACAGUAAUAAUAAAAUUAAUAAUCACCUUCCCUUUAUACAUAUCAAUAACGUAACUUCCUCGAUCCAAGAAACGCCGCCCCGCGCAGGAUUUCCCUCCUACCUCCAGCCCCCAGAAACUAUUAUAUCUCCAUCUCUCUCCCGCCAUAAUGAGAUCCAAGUAAAACGCAACCAAGGUGCCAUAAUUUUCACGACACCCAUAAAGAACACAGUUGCUGCUGCUGCUGGGUUUACACCUGGAGACGACCACAGCACCCAUCCCAUGGCCAAUACUGAUAUUGUUACAGCAGACGCCACGCCAGAGAAGUCUAUAUAUGACCAGUUGGGAUGGAAUGAUGACGACGUUGACGAUGAUGAUGAUGAACUUGCAUUGCCUUAGAAAACAAAGGUAAAAAAGACAUUUUUGUGAUAGGAUUGUUUGUCUAGGUGACCUUCAUUUUUUUUAACCUGUCAAUCGUACUCUGUCAUAUUUUUUUGGUGUUCGCGAAUUUCUUUCCUUUUUCCCCCCAUCUCUCUUGACCACUAAGAACCUUUUAGAGUACACGGCCGACAUACGAACAGACGAAUGGAAUAUAUAUUUUGGUUUGGGUUUCUGUGGCUGUGGUUUACAUCGUUUUCUUGCUUUCAUUCAUUUUCUCUUCUCUUCGGUUUCUUCCUUUUUUUCUCCUUUUGGACCGAAUGAUGAUAACGUUGACAUAGAAAGUAGAUGAUGAAUGAAUGAGUUAUAUAUCUAUAU